CAGACCACUGUCUGUCUGUCUUCAGCCGUCUAUGGAAAUGCAAGCUCAACGGAACGGAGCGGAACGGAGUAAGGAGAACCUCAUCGAGGCAGCUGAGUCUGGCAUAGGAUGCUGCGGCUGGGUACUGGUGAUUCUCUCCUACUUGAUGAUAAUCAUCACCUUCCCAAUCUCCAUAUGGAUGUGCAUUAAGAUUGUUCAAGAGUAUGAACGAGCUGUCAUAUUCCGACUUGGACGAAUAGUAUCUGGCAAGGCAAAAGGCCCAGGAAUUUUCUUUGUGCUGCCCUGCACGGACUCGUUUAUUAAAGUUGACAUCCGAACUAUUUCAUUUGACAUUCCUCCUCAAGAGAUUCUCACCAAGGACUCAGUGACCAUCUGUGUUGAUGGAGUCGUUUACUACCGGGUGCAAUCUGCUGUCUCAUCAGUUGCUAAUGUCUCAAUGGCAGAUUUGUCAACGCGCCUGCUGGCACAGACAACCCUAAGAAACGUCCUCGGCACAAAGAACCUCUCUGACAUCUUGUCAGACAGAGAAGAAAUCGCACACAACAUGCAGGUGACCCUUGAUGAAGCAACUGACAACUGGGGAAUUAAAGUUGAACGUGUGGAAAUUAAGGAUGUCAAACUGCCCGUUCAAAUGCAGAGGGCAAUGGCUGCAGAGGCAGAAGCUGCCAGAGAAGCGAAAGCCAAGGUUAUCGCUGCUGAGGGGGAGAUGAAUGCCUCGCGACACCUUAAAGAAGCGUCCUUAGUCAUUGCAGAGUCUCCUUCAGCUCUCCAGCUGCGCUACCUUCAGACUUUAACCACCAUUGCAAGCGAGAAAAAUUCAACCAUUGUUUUCCCCCUGCCAAUUGAUGUUCUACAAUCUUUCAUGCCUGGGAAGAAAUAACUGAGAGAGAGAUCUGUGGAAAAAGUGAAGUGAUGAAUUUGGAUAAUUUUAAUAUUGUAUUGAAAAUAGUUGAGAAACUUCAGUUUUUGAUGACAAUGUGAAUAUUGCUAUAGCUGAGAGAGGUAUGAACUAUAAAGUCUGAACUCAUUCUGUGUUUUGCACACAUACUGUAAAGGCCUUAUGGUGACACGUUGAACAUGCCCUUCCUAAAGUGGUUAGACUUAUUCAGAUUUUUCACAAAACUAUUUUUGGAAGCAACUGCAUGUCUAUUCACUUGUGGUUUCUACAUUUGUAUUUUUCUUUUACAUGACAGCAUCCAUUUUGUAAA